AUGAUAGUCGAAAUUCAGGAGGAGGUUAGAGGAAAGAGGCCUUUUAAAAUAUGGGACAGCUCGCGGAACGUGAGGAAGGGGCUGGUGGUGACUAGCUUCGAAGAGUUGCUACACAGAGGAAAGGAAAAGUUGUCAGUAGCGGCUGGCGAGCCCGUGCGCUUGGUGCUCGAGAGCGACGGCACCCAGGUCGAGGACGGGGAGUACUGGCGCACGCUCCCGCCCAACACCGUGCUGCUGCUGCUGCGGCCGGGCGAGCGAUGGUAUCCUACAGGGGUGGACGUCAUCAAAGCUGCAAUAUCAGCGAUCCCGAAAAUAGUAUGCGAGACGAUCCACGCGCUCGAGUUGCACGAUGAAACUCCUUCAUGGAAGAUCAUGGACAACAAGGGGCGUGUCACAGUGGUGCUGCACUGGGACCAGCGGCCGCAGGCGUCGCCGGCCGCGCGCUCGCCCUCGCGGCAGGCCAAGCCCGACCGCCGGCCCUCGCUCGUGAUCCAGACCUCGCUGGACCGGCCGCAGCCGCCGCCGCCGCACAUCACCGUCGUCAACCACGACGAGCCGGGCCCCGCGCCCCGCGGCCGCCUCUCGCGCGCCGCGGGCUCGCUGGAGCACCCGCCGGGCGCCGUGCACGUGCACACCGCCGAGUGCCGCGCCGGCUCCGCGUCGCCCGCGCCCGUCUCCCGCCCGCCGCCCGACGAGUGCGACUUCCACUGCUGCGCGCUGCACGAAGAAGGAAGGCGGAUCGCUGUUCACAAAAGCGUCGCCACAUCGCCCAUUCAAGACGCCCAGCCGAGAGCGUCACCCCAGGGACGGCCCAAGGGACACGUUCGGUUUCUAGACGCGGAGUCCGCGCGCCGCGGCGACCGAGACUCCUCCGAGAGCGAAACUGAGAACACGCUCGUAGAAGAUGAAGCCGUCACCUCCGAGAAGUUUUUGCUCCUCAUAGAUCAACUUAGCGUGGAUCAGAAAAGACAUCUCACUAUAAAAGACAUAGGCAUUAUUCUCGAAAGGCUCAGUUCGAAAAUCCUAGACGUCGAAAGGCUCGACCGCGAGUCCGAAUCGGACGACUGCUACAACUGGACGAUCAAGGCGACGAUACGGGGAGACGCGUUGAGAGAAUUGGGGGUGAUUUACAACGGGAACUACUACGCGAUCAGCGAACACCCGGGCUAUCGGGAAGAGAACGAGGAGGCGGGUGACGAGGGCGAGGAGGAGGAGGAGGAGGACAGGCUCUGAUCGGGCCUGUGCGGCGCCGCCGUGCCCGCCGCCGCCGCCGCCGUGCGCCACGCGCUGUGCCGCAUCGCCGCGCGCUGACCGGACGCCGCACGCCGCACCCGCCCGCACCACUCACACAGCCCUGGACAUUGCGUCUGUCGAACCCUCAUCACUGCAUGAGAAACUUAAGGAACCAGGGCUAUAAAUGGUAGAUACGCCAAUUCGUUAGAAAGAACGUGGAAGCAGGGAAGUAGUGAACGUGAACUCAGAACACAAGGGCCGUGUUGUGUUCAUGCAUUGAUAUAUAGAGCGGCCAUAAUAUCAGCAAUUCCUCUAGCACCCCGCGACCUAACAUCGAUGCAUGACGUCAACACGAGGUCGGACAAAAGGCAGCCAUCGUGGAGCUCAGUCGGAAGGCACCCA